AUGGCCGCUGAAAUUCCUGGCCCGCCCGGUGUACCGCUGCUGGGCAACAUCUUCGAUAUUACACCGGGCGAGACGUGGAACUCGCUGAGCAAAUUGGCUAGGCAGUAUGGUCCCAUUUUCAAGAUCAAUGCGCUCGGCCACCAGAUCGUCUUCAUUGGCAGCGUCAAGCUUCUGGAGGAGAUUUGCGACGAGACCAGGUUUCGAAAAUGCGUCACUGGUCCGGUCGUCGAGAUCCGCAGUGCUGUACAUGAUAGUUUGUUCACUGCUAAACAUAGCGAAAUGAAACAAUGGGGCAUUGCUCAUCGGAUCAUGGCCCCCUACGUCUCGCAAGAGGCGACGGACGCGAGCUUCAAAGAUAUGGCCGAAGUGAUUCCCGACUUGAUCACAAAAUGGACCUCCGGCACUCAGCAGAAAUGUCUUGCCGCCGACGACCUGGACCGGAUUCUCUUGGCCUCGUGUAUGAAAUGCUUCUUCAAUCAGCGAGUACACGUUCUCGGCACGGAUGCCGAAUCCAACAAAGCGAAGAAGAUGGUGGAUGCAUGGGAGAGUGCGACCAUGGAAGCCUUGAAACGACCAACUCGACCAAAGCUUCUCAACCUCGUGUACUCGAGCCGCUUCUCAUCCCUGAUUAAAACAAUGCGUUCCUACGCCACCGACAUCAAGAACAGCAGAUUGAAUCACCCCGAGCAGAUCCGCAAAGACAUGCUCGACGCAAUUCUCAACGGUGUCGACCCAGAAACUGGCGAGAAACUGACCGAUUCACAACACCUCGACGAGAUCGUGACCAUUUUCAUCGGCGCUGCCACCGCCGCAAACCUCGUCUCCUGGGCUCUUUAUUAUCUCAUGCAAAACCCCCAGCCGCUCAGAAAAGCUCAAGAGGAAAUCGACCGCAUCGUCGGCGAUGGGCCCAUCGCCCUCGACCACCUCACCGCCCUCAACUACGUCGAAGCCUGUCUUCGCGAAGCCAUCCGUCUCUCAGCAACCGCACCCGGCUUCAACAUCGAACCCAUCCCCCCAGCAGACAAGAAAGACAAAACCCCCGUCCUUCUCGGCGGCGGCGAGUGGCAAAUCCCAAACAACCAGCCCAUGAUCGCAGUCCUCAGCUCAGUCAACCGCGACCCCGAAGUCUUCCAACACCCAGAAGAGUUCCGACCCGAGCAAGUCUACGGCGAAAAAUGGGAUCUUCUCCCCGCUGCCGCGAAGAAGGGCUUUGGAAAUGGCAAGCGUGAAUGCAUCGGCAAAAAGUGGGCUUGGCAAUGGUCGUUCUUCACCCUGGCCAGUAUCAUCAAGGACGUUGCCUUCGAGCUAGAAGAUAAGGAUUACAAGCUUCAUGCAAAUGGCGCAUUCAGCACCAAGCCGCUUGAUAUGUGGACGUUGAUGAGCCCGCGCAGGAAAUAA